GUUUGAGUCAUCUACCUUUCAAGGCCGCUUAUGCUUAAAGGACGACACAACGUUGUAAAAGCAAUGCGAAGAUUUCGUGCUCCAGUGCCGAUACUGAAAAUAGUGUCUCGUACAAUGAGCUCUACCACACCUAGUGAAUAUACGUAUGUAAUUGACACGAAUGAAGCGUUACAAUUUUGUGUGCGUUGUUUGGAGAAGGUUGGUGUGUCAACAACCCAUAGUAAAGAAAUGUCCGAAGUUUUGAUAAUGGGUGACUUACGGGGCCACUACAGCCAUGGACUGAAUAGAUUAGAAAUGUAUGUACAAGAUGUCGAAAAGGGAAUUUGCGAUGCUCAUGGCGAGCCAAUUAUUGAACGCGAAUCCGUUUCCACCGCUCUGAUUAAUGGCAAAAACUUAUUGGGACCUGUUGUCGGCAACUUUGCAAUGAAAACUGCUAUCAAUAAAGCAAAACAUACUGGUAUAGGUUGGGUGUCUGCUUACAAUUCCAAUCACUACGGUAUUGCGGGAUGGUAUAGCAUGAUGGCCGCGAAAAACAAAUUAAUUGGCAUGUCAUUCACAAAUACCUCUCCACUUGUCUUUCCAACAAGGUCUAGGAAGCGUGCCGUAGGCACUAAUCCAAUUACUGUGGCUGCACCAUCUGACACCCCUGGCGACGAAUUUGUUUUGGACAUGGCAACUAGUGCUGUCGCUUUGGGUAAAAUUGAAAUGUGUCGUCGAAGAGGUCUACCAAUUCCUCAUGGUUGGGCUGCUGAUUCUGAAGGAAGAUCCACCACAGAACCGAAAGUUGCGAUCACCGAGGGAGCACUGCUACCUUUGGGAGGAGAGGAGAGCACAAGUGGAUACAAAGGAUCUGGUUUAGCCAUGAUGGUUGAAAUCUUCUGCGGCAUUUUGGCGGGUGCAAGCUAUGGACCAAACGUCCGUACCUGGAUGAAUGCAGAUAGACCUGCAAAUCUGGGACAAGGAUUUGUUGCCAUCGACCCGAACGCAUUUGCUCCGGACUUCGAAAGCCGCAUGUCUGACUACAUGAAGACGAUACGUCAGUUGCCCAGAGUCAACGACUCAUUACCUCCAUUAGUGCCAGGUGAUCCAGAGAGGGCGCACAUCAGUGAAUGUGAACAUAUGGGCGGCAUUCGUUAUCCUCCAGUUCUGAUUGAGAGUAUGCAUCGCUUGGCUGACCGUUUAAAGGUGGAGAAACUGCCAAUACUGAAGGAACUGUGAGCGGCGAUAUAAUCUGCUUCAAUCUCUAAGGUAUUUGAAACGGCGAUUCAUUCUGGACCAAACGUUGCCCACUUUUGAAGCUGGAGGGAUUUGAUUUUCGCUUUUUGAACCCAAUACUUCCCGUUUAUCACUCAGGUGCCCCUUUAUUUUGAUUAUUUUGCGAUUUGUUUACAUACGUAGUAUUUGUAAACAUUCACCAGCUAUUUUCGAUACAUACUUUUGUUUUCUAUGAACUAAACUUGGACAGAUAUUUAUCCUUCAUUCUCAUUCAUCCAUGAUCAAAAAUAGAAAUAUUAUG